GUCAAAAAGCCGCCGUGGAAAAUUUUGCGGCUCAGGCGUCUACUGUCAAGUUGUUUGGAUUUUUUUGUGGUAGUGAAGCAUUUACAAGUGGAAAUUCUUUUUGAAAAUUCCUCGGAAUUUUGCACUUUUCCCCAGGGAAAACACUCAGAAUCGCAACAGGAAACCCAAGUGCAGGAUGUCUGCCACAACUCAGCAGCAGUUCUUCCUGCGAUGGAACAACUACGUCAACCAUCUGACUUAUGCUUUUGACUCACUGCGCAGCCAGGAGGAUCUCGUGGAUGUCACCUUGAGUUGCGAGGGACGCAAGAUUCGGGCUCACAAGGUGAUCCUCUCGGCAUGCAGCACAUACUUCCGGGAGGUCUUUCAGGAGAAUCCCUGUCAGCAUCCGGUGAUUGUGUUCAAGAAUGUCCGGUUUGAGGAUCUCUCGGCAAUCAUUGAGUUCAUCUAUCAGGGCGAAGUGAAUGUUGUCCAGGAAUCCCUGCCAUCCUUCCUGCAUACAGCUGAAUUGCUGUCCGUGCAAGGGCUCACCGAGGGCAAUACUGAGAAGGAGGAGGUGCCAGUGAGUACACCAGUUUCCGUGGCUAAACAAUUCACCGCGACUAAAGUACAAACUCCUGCCAUUCUCACACGAAUGGUGGCCGGAGGGAGUUCCGGAACUGUCCGGGAGAUUGCUCGAUUGCCUCCCAAGAGCACAACUUUGAGUACAGUGACCACAGAAGCCACACAGGCCAAACGGAAGCGCUUCUACAUCGAUUCAGAUGACAACAUUGCCAUCGAGGGCAUCAAUUUUGUGAAACAGAGCCCAGAGACGAUCACCAUUGAGAAUGCCAAUGUGGAGUUCACGCCUAUGAAGAUCGAUCUGCCAGAGUACAUUGAUAUCUCGACAACGGCCGAUGAGAGUGCCAAUGCCACUGAAGAGGUUCUCCUGGACGAGAGGACAGACGAUGCAGGAGGGAGUGUUGAGGAUGAAGCUGGAGAUUCGCAGGAUCAGGAAAUUGAGGUGGAUUCAAAGACGCAAAUUCUGGCCGUUCGAUCGGAAGGGGACAUGGAACAGACGUAUACAGUUGAAGAAGUUGAUUCUUCCCAAACAUCGGAAUACAAUCAGAGCAAAUUUUCCACGGACAAUCAAUCUAAGACAGAUGAAAAAUCCCUACAGCAAGAUGCCCAACUACGUUUCCGUUGCAGCAUUUGCUGGAAAGGGUUCAAGCAUCCGAUGUCAUUGACACUACACAGGGAUUUGCAUAGCGGGAAGACCAAGUGUCCAGUAUGCAAGAGAUCUUUCUCACGAAGUUACGACAUGAGGUCGCAUUUGAACAAAAUUCACAAAAUUACCCUCAACUUUGAUGCCAAAGUGAAUAUUCACAAAUUCUAAAAGAAGAAAAAUCAGAGAAUUGUCAUCAAUUCAUUAUUCUAUCACAUUUUAUCUAUUAAGUUGUUCAGCACAUUAAAAAAUAUAAAUAAAUAAAAAUAGCAAAUGGUUCUAGGAAUAGAAAAAAAUAGAAACUUUUUUUGGGUGAUCUUCAGAUGAGCACCAAAAAUCCUAGAAUUAUAUUAUUUUAUUGUUGACCAUGAUGUAAAAUGGAAAAUUAUUUUAUAAUCACACAGAAUAUACAUUUUACAAUAAAAAAUAAUAAUAAAGAUUUUAGAAAAA